UCGCUGGGGGCGGUGAGAGCGAUGAGGAAACUGAGACGGUGGGAGCAGUUGUGUGAAGAUGGAGUUUCCCGGAGGAAGUGACAAUUACUUGACGAUCACAGGACCCUCGCACCCCUUCCUGUCAGGGGCCGAGACAUUCCAUACCCCAAGUUUGGGUGAUGAGGAAUUUGAAAUUCCACCGAUUUCCUUGGAUUCUGAUCCCACACUGGCUGUCUCAGAUGUGGUUGGCCACUUUGAUGACCUAGCAGACCCUUCCUCCUCACAGGAUGGCAGCUUUUCAGCCCAGUAUGGGGUCCAGACAUUGGACAUGCCCGUGGGCAUGACCCAUGGCUUGAUGGAGCAGGGCGGGGGGCUCCUGAGUGGGGGCUUAAGCAUGGACUUGGACCAUUCAAUAGGAACACAGUAUAGUGCCAAUCCACCUGUUACAAUUGAUGUACCAAUGACAGACAUGACAUCUGGCUUGAUGGGGCAUAGCCAGCUGACUACCAUUGAUCAGUCAGAACUGAGUUCUCAGCUUGGCUUGAGCUUAGGGGGUGGCACCAUCCUGCCACCUGCCCAGUCUCCUGAGGAUCGUCUUUCAACCACCCCUUCACCUACUAGUUCACUUCAUGAGGAUGGUGUUGAGGAUUUCCGCAGGCAACUUCAUUGCCCGAAGACAGUUGUAGUGGAAACAGGGAAAAAGCAGAAAGCUCCAAAGAAAAGAAGAAAGAAAGAUCCUAAUGAACCUCAAAAACCAGUUUCGGCAUAUGCCUUAUUUUUCCGUGAUACACAGGCUGCCAUCAAGGGACAGAAUCCCAAUGCCACUUUUGGGGAGGUCUCAAAAAUUGUGGCCUCUAUGUGGGACAGUCUUGGAGAAGAGCAGAAACAGGUUUAUAAGCGGAAAACUGAGGCUGCCAAGAAAGAGUAUCUGAAGGCUCUGGCUGCUUAUAAAGACAGCCAAGAAUGUCAGGCCACUGUGGAGACAGUCGAACUGGAUCCAGUGCCACCAGCACAGACUCCCUCUCCACCUCCUAUGGCUACCGUUGACCCAGCAUCUCCAGCACCAGCCGCAACAGAGCCCCCUGCUCUGUCCCCUUCUAUUGUCGUUAACUCCACUCUUUCGUCCUAUGUUGCAAACCAGGCACCUUCGGGGCCAGGGGGCCAGCCUAAUAUCACCAAAUUGAUCAUUACCAAACAAGUGUUGCCCUCUUCUAUUACCAUGUCUCAAGGAGGGAUGGUUACUGUUAUCCCAGCCACAGUGGUGACCUCCCGGGGGCUGCAGUUAGGCCAAACAAGUACAGCCACUAUCCAGCCGAGCCAGCAAGCCCAGAUUGUCACUCGGUCAGUGUUGCAGGCAGCAGCAGCUGCUGCUGCUUCUAUGCAGCUGCCUCCACCCCGACUCCAGCCCCCUCCAUUACAACAGAUGCCUCAGCCCCCAGCUCAGCAGCAAGUGACCAUUCUUCAACAGCCUCCCCCUCUCCAGGCCAUGCAACAACCUCCACCUCAGAAAGUCCGAAUCAAUUUACAGCAGCAGCCACCUCCUCUGCAGAUCAAGAUUGUGCCUCAGCCCGCGCUGAAAAUGCAAACUACCUUAGUUCCACCAACUGUGGAAAGUAGUCCCGAGCGGCCCAUGAACAGUAGUCCUGAGGCCCCUACAGUAGAGGCCACUUCUCCUGAGACAAUCUGUGAGAUGAUCACAGAUGUAGUUCCUGAGGUCGAGUCUCCUUCUCAGAUGGAUGUUGAAUUGGUGAACACAUCUCCUGUAAUACUCUCACCCCAGCCUCGAUGUGUGAGGUCAGGGUGUGAGAACCCUCCUGUUGUGAGCAAGGACUGGGACAAUGAGUACUGCAGCAAUGAGUGUGUGGUGAAGCACUGCAGGGAUGUAUUCUUGGCCUGGGUAGCUUCUAGAAAUUCAAACACUGUGGUGUUUGUGAAGUAGUCAUUUUUCUUCUCUAAACCACUGAAGACUUCUCUGCUGGGAAUGUGUCCAAGAGCUUGUUUUUGAAAUACAAGCUGGGCUGCUGGUCGUGCCUGAUCUCAAUCCAUGAAGGCCCUUCCUGCUUCUCCCCUUCUCUCUGCAGUCAACAGGAGCCAGGCCAUGGAGCAAGACCACUGGAUUUGCUAUCAUCCGGAAUUGCUUUUUACCCUCAAGUACAAGCAAAGACACCAGUGAGAAUAGCACAGGACAGAGUAAAUGGAAUAUGGAUAAACGGAAAAUACUAGUUGGUAGGGGUGGUGGUGGGUGGUGUUUGAGGAAAUUUAUUGGUAUAAUUGUCAUAGGACUUACCUAAAAGAUUAUUAAAAUGGAAGUAUACUCAGCCUUGAGCCUAGGAAAGAACGCCAUGGUGUGCAUACAACGUAAAGGGAGUGAAAGGCUGCGUUCCAGUGUUAAAAAUGGAACCACUUCUGUCAUACGUACACAUUAACUUCCAAAACACCAAACACACUAGGCUGUAAGGGAGAUAACAUCACCCAGAAGUUUUCUUAUUUAUUUCUUUUUACAAAUGUUGUUUCUGUAGUUUUCCUUAUCUGAGUUAUCACAGCUUCUGUGUGUAAGAGGCAGAACCCUACAUCCUUAAAUUAAUAUAAGAGGUUUUACCAAAGUCUAAAGAAGUUGUGUUCACUUAUAUUUGCUGAAAUAUCUCAUAAAGAUAGGCCAGAGGUCUCUUCACCUACUAUGAACUAACUCUGCACACCUUAGGUAAUCUGACUAAAAGUGAUUAUUUCAUUUUUUUCUGAGAAAUAAACAUUAAGAGACUUAACAAAAGUUACACAGGUGUAACAAAAUAAGCAAGUGAUUUAGAGCACUAUAGUCCUAGAGUUAUUACAAUGCCAGUGGUAACCACCCUAUAAGUGGAACUCAAGUUUUACCUUGAGAAAUGCUAUGUAGAGAACCCUUUCUUAGUAUCAGUGUCACAUAGUACUAGUAGUUCUUAGUUUUGAUUCCGUAUAGUCCUACCUUAAUUACUAACAUUCAUCUGGAAACCUGAAAAGGACCCAAGGUUGAGAUCGCUAAUAUUCCCAUGUUACACGUAAGGAGGAGACAUACAUACUGAGAGAUGAAUUGCACAAGCUCAAACACUUAAGUGACAGCCAGAUCUGAUCCUGAAGUCCCGACUACAUUAUCAACUUUUAUUUAAAUAAGGAAAAAGCGCUAUAGUACAGUAAUAUUACAUUCCAGAUGUAGCCUGUAAAGCCAUGGCUGUGGAAGUGCUUCUAUAAAUUCUUAGGCUUAGAAAUGAUGCCAUCUGGAUAUCGUUGCUUGAACCGGGCAACUACAUCUGGGUCUAGCAAAUGGAUUCCAUCUAGUUGGUUCCCAAGGGUGAUCCUGAAACAAGAGGGGAGAAGAGGGAAACCAGAAAUCCUAGAAUUAAAAGACCUUAAUAUUGUUAAAGACUUUAACAUAAAUGCCAGUUAGGAAUUGAGCAGGACCUGUUUCUACAAUAAGCUGAUCUAUACUAACUGGGGGUUAGUAACUGUUGAUUAGCAAGGUUUAUGUCACAAAGCUAUUGCUGUAGCUGCCAGUUUGGUGUUCUUUGAACAAGUGAAAUGCUAGCUAGCCUGCAUGUCAAAGGUGUUGCAGUUCUGGAUGGAUCGGACAGAUUCUUAGUAACCACCAGGGGGCAGAUUAGUGAGUCAUAAGUUUUAUCCUAUAGAAUCACAAAGGACUUCAGCCAAUGGAGUAUGGGAAACUCAAUGCCUUUUGAGUUUCCAAUGAAUGGUAGGAAGUGGCCAAACAGCUUUAAAUACAUGUUUUAGAUGUUUUAAAGAUCCUGAGCCCAGCAUAGGUCCCUAAAGCUUAGACUACUGCCCCCUUUUCAGAGGAGGAAAACCAGUCGCCACUGCUCCCCACCCCUAGCAAUUAAAAACGUUUAAUAGUGUAGCCCAUAAUCCAGGAUAAAGUAAACGGUAUCUGCUUUUAUAGCCCCCUGAUCAUUCCAGCACCCCAGGGGGUGGUAUCACCACACUGUGUAAGAUAGAAUGUGACUGGUAGUACCCUUACCAGUUGGGUUGCACAUUGUGUGGUCGUCCAAAUAACUCAAUCUUGCGAGUACCGGGGGAUAGUCUCUCAAUCAUGCCAUAGAUUUCAUCUGGCUUAUGACUGGUAGAACGAACCUAAGACACAGCCAACCACAGUUACAAUUCCAGACUUGUUACGUUAGGAACCCCGAUGAAGAAUACAUAGCUGACAUCAAUAACUGAUAACAUACUAUGCGGAAGCUUUGGGUGUCUGGGGAAGCACGUACCUCAGCCACAAUCACAUCACAGUCCAGACCCUGGUUGAAGCCUUGGGGAUUUCCUUUGACACCAACCUGCUCACCACAAAGAACAGGUUAUUUUACGAAACCCAGCUUUGAACUUUUCCUUAAUGAGAAAUAAUCCAAUUCCUCUCUCUGCUCCACCAUCUUGAGCUGGACCCCGAUGCUGCUUACCAAGCAAUGUUCCUUCCCGUGGUUCAGCCAGUGACCUGUACGGCCAGUCCGAAUGAUGCGCUGCAGUUGGUUUGUCUUCACCCAGAUAAUUUCAUCUACCCGUUCAUAACUGAGGUGGAAGGAAGGGAACUUAGAGCUUUCCCUAGGUCUUCCCAGUUUGGGGGUAGUACCAGCUACAGAGGCAAAGAAUCAUAGGGACCAACACACCAGAAGGGAAUAAUACAUCCAAUAACUACAGCAGGGUGUGUUUCCCCAAAACCCAAAUGAUUACUACUUACCCCCAGAGGUUCAAACAUUCUCUGCCUAGCUCCAUAGCCCUAGAAAGAGAUAAGGGUUAAUAAUUACUUCCAUACCCAUGUUUUCCUCCCUCUAAAAUAUGUGAUCAAUGUAAUAAUUAGAAACAUUUUGUCAGUAGAUAGUCACAACUUUUACAUGCAACAUAUCGUUAGGGAAACGGUACAUCUAAGUACGAAAAGAAUAAGACAUAGUACCCAUUGUCAUUUACCUCAUCUUUCGCAUAUUGUUAAAUAAUCUUAUAAACAGAAGUUAAGUCUCAAAGGA